AUGGCCGCCUACGCUGCUUCAGCUGCUUCAGCAGCCCUGGCUGCCAUCACCAAUGCAGCCCAGUUCGGCCCAGCUGCGAACCAGGACCAGCCAGACAUGUACACUGCCACUCAGACGGCUUCCGUGUACGCUGCCCAGGCCACCGCCCCGACGUACGAAGCCGGCAACCUCUACCAUCCAGGCCGUGUUUUCGAUCGAUACGUCGAGAUCUGGCUCGAAAACACCGACUACGACAAGGCCGCCGGUGACCCAAACCUGGCCUGGUUGGCCAAGCAGGGCAUUACCCUCUCCAACUACUUCGGUGUCACUCACCCAUCGGAGCCAAACUAUGUCGCCGCAAUUGGAGGGGAUAACUUCGGAAUGGACAACGACAAAUUCAACCAGGUGCCAGACAACACCUCCACCGUCAUCGACCUGCUGGAGGAGCGCGGCAUCUCCUGGGGCUCAUACCAGGAGGACAUGCCGUAUACUGGCUUUGAGGGCUAUGCCUGGACCAACCAGAAGACCGGCGCCAACGACUACGUCCGCAAGCACAACCCACCCGUCAUCUACAACGCCAACACGAGCCCAAGACGUCUGUCCUACCAGAAGAACCUGACCCAGUUCUAUGACGACCUCGAGGCCAAGAGACUCCCGCAAUGGAUGUUCAUCACUCCCAACAUGACCUCGGACGGUCACGACACCUCCGUCACUGUUGCCGGCACCUGGUCUCGCAACUUCCUUGAGCCCCUGCUGUCCAACCCCUACUUCAUGGAGCGCACCCUCGUUCUCCUCACCUUCGACGAGAACCACACGUACUCUCUCGCCAACCGCGUCUUCUCCAUCCUCCUGGGUGGCGCCGUUCCCGAGAGCCAACACGGCACCACUGACUGUCAAUACUACAACCACUACUCCGACAUCUCCACCGUCGAAGCCAACUGGGGUCUGCACACCCUGGGACGCUGGGACGUGGGCGCCAACGUUUUCAAGCUCGUUGCCGACGAGACCGGCGACAUCUACCGCCCCAGCGACGAAGUGGCCGGCUCCACUCCCUCGCAAUUCCUCAAUGCCUCCUUCCAGGGCCCUUUCAACACCCAGAAGACCGUAGGCUACGCUCCUUGGCCCGUUCCAAACGUCUUCGCCGUCUCGCCACGGACUCUCCGCACCGUCUCUCCAAGCAUCAUUGCCAAGUACGCCGGUCAGCAGAACUCGCAGCAGAUGUACUACAACGAUUCUCAGAUCAUCCCGGAUGGUUGCCACCCACCAAAGGGCUACGUUGGUAACUGCUAG